AUGAAGCAUGUGGAACUAGACGGAAGGACAGGGGAGGGUGGUGGACAGGUUGUGAGAGUCGCCGUCGCUAUGGCUGCCUUGACUGGGCAGGCCGUCACCAUCACCAACGUAAGGGGAAACCGGGAGCGCGGCGGUCUCAAGAGCCAGCACGUCACAAGUAUCCAGUUUCUCGCAGAGAUAACAGACGCUGAUGUCGAGGGGUUAAGCGUUGGAUCCAAGACCGUCACCUUUGCUCCUCGACGAGGGCCCACGGAACUGUACCAACGCAAUAUCAACAUAUCUUCAGAAUCGGGUUCUGCUAGCGCUCUCCUGGUCUUGCAAGCUGUUUUCCCAUUCUUGAUAUUUGCCGGCAAUGACUCCAGUGAGCCAGUAAAGCUCAAUCUCUCUGGCGGCAGCAAUGUCUCCUUUUCGCUCAGUUUCGAAUACUUAGAUCAAGUUCUUCUACCCACACUUGAACAACGAUUUGGUAUACAGGUAGAACGAACAUUGGAGCGGCGUGGGUGGAGCAUGGGACCCCAGUCAAGAGGGCAAAUAUCUUUGAAGUUUCAUCCUCUGAAGAUUGGCCAGACUUUGCGAUACAAAGCCCCUGAGCAACGCAAAUACCCCGAAUCCUACGAAGUCAAGAAUAUCGACGUCAGCAUGUUGGUGCCUGGUACUGUGCAUGAGAAGCUCCAGGCAUCACUGUCAAAUGACCUAGGAGUCUUGUUUCCAGGAGCUGAUAUCCAGUUCAAGUCGAUUGAAGAUACAAAGCUGGAUUCACGGUGGUACAUACUUGCUGUAGCUCAUUCCGUAUCUGAAAUUCUAUGGGCCCAUGACUGGCUCGGAUCGAUGCCGAAGAAGACCAAAAGCAGGGAUCGCUUUACGGAUCAGGUGUCAAGUAAGUUAUGCCGAGGUUUGUACGAGGAGGUUUCUGUUGGGGGCCAGGCAGAUAUUCAUCUUCAAGAUCAAGUGAUUGUUUUCCAAGCACUCUGCGACGGGUACUCGUCGUUCCCUCGUGGGGAUACCCCAGAUGACUCGGUUCCUGGGGUGUUGAUUGAUUCCGCGGGAAACCUAGAUAUCAAGGAUGGCAAGUUGAGAAAGGAAAAGACUCACGAGCCUUUUGGACACGGUUCUCUGCACAGUCAGACGGCACGGUGGGUUGCGAGCUCUAUGUUGCCAAGCGUGGAGUUCUACAACAAGGGUAAUCUGGUGAAAGGUGCAGGUAUAUCAAUGAGAUAG